CUCUCUUUAAAAUUCAAAAUUUAAAAGCAUCCCUUUUUUCGCGAGGUCCUUCCUAGGUCCUAUAUAUAGGAACAGAGAAACGGAAAAAAAGAGAAAAUCCAAAAAAAGCAUUUGAUCCUUAAUCUGAAUCUGAAUCUAAUUUAGCUCUGAGCACCAUUUCCAUUCGAAAUACGAAAUGGGGCUGUCCUUCACCAAGCUUUUCAGCCGGCUUUUUGCCAAGAAAGAGAUGCGUAUUCUUAUGGUUGGUCUCGACGCUGCUGGUAAAACCACAAUAUUGUAUAAGCUCAAGUUAGGAGAAAUAGUUACCACCAUCCCUACCAUUGGAUUUAAUGUGGAAACUGUGGAAUAUAAAAAUAUUAGCUUCACUGUGUGGGAUGUUGGUGGUCAGGACAAGAUUCGACCUUUAUGGAGGCACUACUUCCAAAACACACAAGGGCUUAUAUUUGUGGUUGAUAGUAAUGACCGAGACCGUGUUGUUGAGGCUAGAGAUGAGCUGCACAGGAUGUUGAAUGAGGAUGAAUUAAGAGAGGCUGUGUUGCUUGUGUUUGCAAACAAGCAAGAUCUUCCUAAUGCAAUGAAUGCUGCUGAGAUCACUGAUAAGCUUGGCCUUCAUUCUCUCCGGCAACGCCAUUGGUACAUCCAGAGCACAUGUGCAACUUCUGGUGAAGGAUUGUAUGAGGGGCUGGAUUGGCUCUCAAACAACAUUGCUAACAAGGUUUAGAGGAUUGCGGGCUGGUCUCUCUAUACUUUUCUUAAGUGAUUGUGGCAAGAAAAGAGGAUUUUUCGUUUUUGUUUAAUUCUUUUGUAUCCUACUACCCCUUAAUGUGUACUUUGGUUGCGAUCAAAAUUAAAUUUUCUGUGA